CACACACACACACUCAAAUAUAGACACACACGCACAUAUACACACACUGUUUUUGAACUAUGUUUUGUGUAUCAGGCUCUAAAUCUGAAAGUAUGUGUAAGAAAAGAUGAACACAGCUUCUACACACACCUCACAGAACCGGAGAGACAGAAAAUACAAGAUAAAAAAUAUGGCUGUUUUUAUGCUGUACUGAGUAACGGACUCACACUCGCCUACAGUCACACACAGCAGGAAGAUGAUGAUGCGUCUCCUCUUCAGCUCCACGUUUCGCUUCCCACGGGCCUUCAGAUCCACUUCAGCUUCCAACGCACAGCACAUGAACAGGCUUUGUUGGUCCAUCAGUCUCUCCCUUCAUCUGGAUCCAUACUCCCCACCACACACACCGAGUCAUCACGAACCAUCACCUGCGACGGAACUGUGAUCAGACACAUGAGGGACGGAUCUGCUGUGGUGUUGUUUGCUGACAGUACAGUGAGUGUGAGUUCUGAUGCCGGGCCAGUGUGUGUGUCCAUACCGAGAAGUACAGGAGAGCACAAGAACACGUCUACACACACAGAGAGCACAGAUACAGAUGUUAAACCCAGCUCAGGUGUUGGAGCAGAGGAGGUGGAGCCAAUAUCAAAGGUGGAGCUUAAACAGCAGGUGGAGAUGACAGGUGGCUCAUGGUGCACCACCACUCCUUCAGGAGUUAGGAUCAGGACCAUCAGAGGUGAACGCGUGGAGGAGAACCCUGUCCUGACCUUCUACAGCACUGACCCGCACACACACAGUGUGAUGAUGACGAGGGAUGAUGGUGUGAUGUGUGUGUCGGGGAAACACAAAGUUGCAGUGGACCACGCUGAUGGAACCAGGAUAAUCUCCUCCCUCCAGCAGAGGGAGACACAGAGUCUGCAGAACUCAGGCAGCAGUGAUGGAGGGAGAAGGAGCAGGGUGAAGGUGGAGAAGAGUGGAUUCGCCACAGUGAUAAUGAACUGUGAGGAGAAAAGUGGCAAAGUUCUCUUUAGAGACGGAACCACCAUCAGCGCUACAGCACACGGAUCAUACAGGGUGAGUCUCCCUGAUGGAGGUUGUCUGUCUGUCUGUAAGGAUGGUGUGGCUGUGUACAGCAGUACAGGACCUGAAGGAGAGCAGCGUGGACGUUACAUCAUGAGUCACACUAAUGGUUUAGUGUGUGAGCUCACUGACUCCGAUGGAAACAACUACCAGGUCACAGCAGAGGGCAGAGUCUCCAUCACACACACACACACUGACACGGAGACACAACACAACACCUGCCUCAGUACACACCCACCUCGGUUAUUUAUGGUGUAUGCUGAUGGUUCUGCAGUUGAGUUCCUCUCCUCUCAGACUGUAGAUAAGAUUCUGCAGGAGAACACACAUCCUUCAGUCGCUGUGAUUAGAGAAGCUAUACCACACACACACGAUGCAUUUGAGAUCACAAUUCUGAAACCCUUCUCUGAUCUGAGCUCCUAUUGGCUCUCACCCACACACCUGGAUGAUAUCAUUCCUGCCAACCUCAGAUCCAGGAGGUGGGACACGUUUCCUUCCUCUGAGGUGAAGACCCGUGGGACUCCAUUCGGAAUGUCUUUGGGUCGAGAUUUAGAACUGAAGAAUAGAACCACAAGGGGUUCUGAUCCGACCCCUCCCCUUCUGCAGAACCCCAAAACAUUAGUGAUCCGCCGUAUCAUCGAACACACCCCAUUCACACAACAACAACAACAACACCUUCAGCACAACCUGCUGUUGUACAUAAACAAGCUCCUGCAGAGAGAGAAGCUGAAAGACGAGAUGAAGCUGAAGGAUCCUAAAACAGUUUUAGAGAAACUUCACAUCACUGAUCUUCACCUUCUGCAGUCUCACUCAGACUCAUCAGCAGACGCUCCGUCUCCUCUGUCCAUGCACUCUCUGUACUCUCAGGCUGUAGGUGUGUCUGAUUCUCCUCUGUCUAAUCAACACGAUGAUCAACAUGGAAUACCCAGUAAACAGCAGCGGAAAUCUGAGUGGGAGAACAGAAUCCACCAACACAGGUUGGAGCUGCAGGAGGAGCUGAGGCAUCGCUCGGCUCUGAGGAACCGCAUCAUCAUGCAGUAUUUCCAUCCCGAGGUGCAGGACCUGAUUCGCUCCAUCCAGCAGAAGCCAAGGCUGACAACUUCUUCUCCAACUCUUCCUUCGCUCCCUAAAAGAAGAGACGCCGGAUUACAGAACUUCAGCAACUCCAUGUAACGCUCAGGCUUUAUACCAAUCUAUACAAAUCUAUCCAGAGAACAACCUUCAGUGCUCAACUGCAAAUAUUCUAUUUAAUAUAGAUAAUAGACCUUGUCUCAAAGCAGCAAAUAAAGACGUCUCCUUCUGUUCUGUAGCAGAUUUACAUCUGUGACUUCAGAAUAUUUAGCGAGAGAAAGGUGAUGAAUUAUGAGCUAACUGCAGUCCCCUGGUGUUAAUUGUAUACACGUAUGAUUUAAGUAUUGAAAAAUAAAAAGGAAUAAAAAAAACCUCGGGUGUCUGUUAAGGAAUGUUGU